AUGCCCGAAAAAUCCAGAAGAACCAGGAAUUUUUGCAGAGGACUUUCAGAAAACUCCCACCUCUCUGAAUUCUACUCCUUCACCAGAAAACGCCGUCCUAGUGAUGCAUCUACCACGUCGCGGCUAUCGCACUUUUCGGCAGCAACGGCACAAACAGGGGACUCGCUCCCUUCGAUGAUGCCGCCGUCAUCACUGCCUCUGGACAUGGACAAAAGCCAGAUUAUCGGCACCAAACACAUCAAGGAGUCGCGAGAGGCGUACAAUCACGUGAUUGAGGCGGCGCAAAAGUACAGAGACGCUCUCGAUCUCGUGUCACGUGCCUCUGCUGAGUUUGGAGGUGCCCUGGAACAACUUUCUCACUGUAAAGGUGUUCCCGACGGCCUCCAGGCUGCUGCAGGGCUUUAUCUGCUGGUUUCCAAUCAUCAGCAGAUUCUAGGCGACACAAUUGACAAAAACUUUGUUGUCCCGGUAACAGCCCUCGGUAAGGGUCUUCAGCAGCGAUCGGCUGAGAUCCACUCCGAGUACCGGUCUAGUCACGUGAGCAAGUCUGCGGAGCUACGCAAAAAGGAGCAGCAACAGCGAGGGUUCGCGAAGCAAAAGCGGGCACGUGAUCUAGCUGCUUACAGACAGUCGUUGAUGGACGUGGCAGCCGAGAUUGACGGGUUGGACGCUCUCAAGGGCAAGUACUAUCAAGAUAUGUGGGAGGCACAUUCUUUGGCAGGAGACACUCUUCUUGGAAGUGUUUCUUCGGCUGUACGAGCGGAGGUUGAGAUCCAUGAAGGCGUAGCUCGAAAGGGAUGGUCUGGUGGGGGCCUUGAUGAAUUGAUCGAGGAAUCUGGCGAUCCCUUUGGCGAGAUUGAAAAAGACCAUCUGCAGCCCAUUGUCGGGUCCAUGAUGGGAAUGGUUGACGAUGGUCACGGUCGCGAAGAGGACGGUACCGAAGGGGAUGUGACUGAGGAGGCUAUCGAUAGAGUCACAACCGAAACUGGAGAGUGUCGUAUAAGUGACACUGAAGGAGGAGAAGGCAGUGAUAGUGAAAGUGUUCACACUGAGACUGAAUCGAGGGUGGAGGGAGUCGAGGAGGUGUCGACAGAGGGUGCGACAGAGGGUGCGACGGAGGAGGGUAAUUCGGUGGACUCUGCAGAGUCUGACUCGCUGCCCAAGCUGUCCACCUCUAUGGAUGCAAAAUGGUCCUCCGAAGACUAG